AUGGAAAUUGGACCCGACUUCGCAAGAGAAGACAUCAGCUCUCUGCUCUUUCAACGCCUGGAGAACGUACUCGCUCUAUCUUCUCGAGCGGCCUCGACCUUUCGUGCACUGAUCUGCAAGGGUCUCUACUACGACGAACAGAGACACACGAUUGGGCUGAUAUACUCCUUCCCACAGGGGCCUCUUCAGGGUGCAUUGGCCAAGGAGGUGAAGCCAAGGGUGUUGCAGCUCGCAGAGGUGCUGAGAAGAUACGGAGAUCCAGUCGACUACGAGCGGAACAUCAUUGUCAGCAUUGACGAGCGGCUCCGUCUUGCUUACAAUCUUGCCAUGGCGGUAUUCGAAUUCCACAAAAUCCGCUGGCUUCACAAGAACAUCUCUUCUUACAACAUCAUCUUCUUUGACACUGAGGCUGACGACGACCAAGAUGCCGACGAUGACGACAAAGAAUCCCGACCCCCCCGCAAGAUCAGCCUGGCAUCGCCGUUCCUCAUAGGCUUCUCCCACAGCCGCCCCGACGAGGCCUCCAUGUACUCCAACAAACUCUACGGCAGCGACGAACUCCUCUAUGCCUUCCACCACCCCAACUACGGCGGUGUGGAUGGCAAGUUUACCCCUUAUCGCACCGAGUACGACUACUACAGCCUGGGGCUCGUUCUGCUGGAGAUUGGCCUCUGGUGGCCCUUGGAGGCCAUCAUGGGCGAGGAGCUCUCUCGGGAGGAGAAGCGGAUGCAGAUUCUGAGCAGAUCCGUGCCGUUCCUGGCCGGGUCGAUGGGCGAGUCCUACGCUGAGGUGGUCAAGGCCUGUUUGUCUGAUGGGGAAGAUGGUCUCCGUCGAGCUGGUAGCAGUGUGGACGAGAACUUUGAAAGGCUUGUGGUAACGCCGUUGGAGCGUCUCUUGGGUAAUAUGGUGAAUUUGUAA